GUAAUUAGUUUCAAACGAUAUUACUAGUUAGGAGUAGUGCUUGGCCCGUGCAAACUAACGUCUAGCCAAUCACAUAUCGCGAUGUAACCUUAAUUGUCUAAUCUCACUUAAUCUCUGCUGCAGUAAAGUCACCCACUGAGAAAGAGGACACAAAGUCAGAGCCCAAACUGCACCAAGAUGCCUCCUAAGAAGCAGCACCUGAAGCCGACAGCAGCCAACAUCUCCAGCUCCCUGGACCUGGAGUCAGAGGACAUCAGCCUGGAGACAACAGUGCCGACCACCGACGACGUGUCCUCGUCCGACGAGCAGCGGGACGGCUCACAGAAAGUGACCCGCCAGCUGAUCGAGAGGAAGGAGCUGCUGCAAAGCGUCCAGCUGCUGAAAAUUGAUCUCUCUCGGAAGAACCUGAUUAUAGACAACAUGAAGGCAGACUAUCUGACCAAGAUUGAGGAGCUGGAGGAGAGGCUGAAUGAUGCUCUACAUCAGAAACAACUGCUGACGCUGAGACUGGACAACCAGCUGAAACUGGCUCAGGAUGAGAACAGGAAGCAGCAGGCUCUGCGUAAGCAGGAGAUGGAGGCCAUCCUGCUCAGGCAGCAGCAGCUGGAGGAGACAAAUCGACAGCUGUGUGAGAAGGCAGGAGAGCUGCGUCGAUCUCUCAGGGAUCUGGACAUCUCCCAGGACAGGUACCAGGAGCUCCGCGACCUCCCUGAUGAUAAAAUCUCCAUCCAGGAAUAUGUAGCUAUGCGUUUCUAUGAGGUGGUGACUCCUUUACGGGCUCAGCUGAAAGAGCUUGGUGUGAAGAGAGGCAGUUUGACUGAAGACCUGGACACACACAGAACCCAGAUGAAGGCUCUGAUGGAGAGCUAUGAGGAGGAGCGACGGCUGCGUACAGAGCUGGAGUUGAGGUGCCAGAGACUGACCCUGGAGCUGGCCGACACCAAACAGCAGAUCCAGGAGGGGGACUACCGCCGAGACAACUACCCACACAUCAAACGUGAGCGUGAUGACUUUGAAGCAGAGGUGAAGGAGCUGAAAAGGAGAUUUGAGACUCUAGACCUGACUCACAUGGCACAGACCAGGGAGAGAGAAACUCUCAGCAAUGAGGUGGUGACAUUGCAGCAGUCAGUGACUCUUCUACAGAAGGACAAGGAGUACCUACACAGACAGAACAUGGAGCUCAGUGUCCGCUGUGCACAUGGAGAGGACCGCCUGGAGAGGCUGCAGGUACAAUUAGAAGACACUAAGAAGGCCAGAGAGGAUGCCUAUGAGAAAUAUGUUGCAUCCAGAGACCACUAUAAGUCAGAGUAUGAGAGCAAGCUGAGAGAGGAGUUGGAGAACAUCAGGCUGAAAACCAGUCAGGAGAUAGACAACCUGCAGAGAACGUCCAGGGAGAUGUAUGAGAGGGAGAACAGGAAUCUGCGUGAGGCCAGAGACAAUGCAGUGCUGGAGAAGGACAGAGCAGUGGCUGCAGAGAGAGACUCUCAGUCCAGAUAUGACCAGCUGCUUGAACAGUUUCGUCAGCUCCAGCUGGGCACCGACAGCCGGGUAGCAGCAUUGUCCAACCAGGCCAAGCUGUACUCCUUCGAAGCCGAGCGUGCUCAGAUGGUCAAGGAGGAGACGGCCAAGGCCCUGGCCCAGUGCCAGGUGGAGUGUGAGAAACAGCAGAAGAAACUGGAGCUCCUGACCCAGGAGUUUUACAGGCUGCAGACGUCAUCAGAGAAGCGGGCGGCGGAGCUGCAGGCCCAGAACGCCGAGCAGUCGUCUCGGCUGGAAACGUAUGAAAAGCUGGAGCAAGAGCUGGACCAAGUCACCAUGCAGGCUGCUGAAAUUGAGGAUGAAGAAGAAGCAGAGAGAGUUUUAUUCUCAUAUGGCUACGGAGCCAAUGUCCCCACAACGGCCAAAAGAAGACUUAAACAAAGCGUUCACCUGGCCCGCAGGGUGCUGCAGCUAGAGAGGCAAAACACAUCACUGAGGAGAGACCUGGAAAGACACAAGUCCCAAACAGGACAGAUAUCUGAAGAGUUGUUGGCAGCCAACCAACUGCUACAGCAGACCCAGCAGCCAUAUCGCUACCUGAUCGAGACCGUGAGAAAAAGAGAUGCGGAGAUCAGCGUGCUAAAGGAACGCAUCUCCUCGCUUGAGGACGAUGUCAGCUCUCUGAGGAAGGAACGCACCGCUCUACAACAGGUGAAGAACAACAUGGCUUCUGAUCUGGAGAGACUGCUCAAUCAUAGAGAGGAGUUGGCAGUGAUGAAGCAGGUCCUGAUCAGCAUGCAACCCAGACAGGGAGACGCUCUAAACCUGUUGGAAACAGACAAAACCGGUAUCAGGACCUCUGGCGCAAGAAAACACCAGUCCAGACGUAUGAACAGGACCACAGAAGAAGAGUCCCCAAACAAACCCAAACCCACUGUGUUUACUAAUAAAGAAGCUCCCGAUUGGUACCAAAUGCUGAAGCAGAAACCCAAAUGAGCACUCAUCUGGGUUACCACUGUGCCAUUGUUACUCAGGGCAUUAACAAUCUGAAUCUUUUUAUUGACACUUUUUUUAAUUAUCUAAACCUGUAAAUUACAAUUUUCAUGAGA